AUGGCUUCUACUUCAUCCUCAACACCAAAAACCGGUGAUGCUGAAUUUAUCAAUACUGAUGGUAUAUCUAUUGAAACAAUUCAUGUGAAAUUUAAUAAUAGUCAAAUGGCGCGUUGUAUGCCGGUAAGUUACAGUUUUUAUAUCAGAGUUAGGACGAAACUACAUUUUCUAAUUAAUAUCUUCUGUUCUGUACAGCAGUUGUAAGUGGAAGGAGGUGAUACUUAGAGCCAAUAAACUAUGAAACAUGAACUAGAAUUUCCCAAAAAUCAUACCUCAAUACGUCAAGCUACUCUUACAAUGUUAGGAUGUGGAAAUGGAUUGGAUUUUUCUUCCGAUGGUCAUUUUCUUACAUUAGGUUAACAAAUAAUUCC